AUGAACUUAUCUUCCCAAAUACUGGAUCAGGAUGGUAAAAUUACAAUUCAGAUGUCCCCCUGGGGCGGUUUUUUCGUUUGGAUAGCUGAUCGUCACCUUUCUACUGAUCCAUGUGGUCCCUCCUCGAAUAGCAUCAAUUCUAUUUGCUUACCAUUAGUUUUGAGCCUCGAGGAGACAGUUUUUCUCCUAUACUCUGAAAUUGCAGAACUUCAGUCUUCCAAACCGGUUAUUGAUCUUAAUCCUCCUUCGCCCAGAACGCUUUACAAAUUUGAUUUGGCUCUUAACCAGCACUACAAGCAAUCGUCAGAGAUAUUGAAGCUUCAAAAACGACAGAGGACUCUGUGCUACUACAAUGAGGUGCUCAAGGGUCAAAAGAAACGAAAAGAACGCCAAGCUGCUAGGUCUGGUGAAGUAACUCCUACAGCUAAUCAAAGCGCUAUUAAACGUCGGAAAAUGGGUGAUUCUGAUGCAGAAUCUACACCGGGUUACUUGGUCGGUAACUGCUCAUCUACUGAAGAAGUCAAUUCUAUACCACAGGGUCCACAGCCAACUUUGGAUGAGUUAAUUGCGACCACGACUAGGCAAGAGGAGGAUGAAAAAGAGUUGGUAAACUUCAUUCCCAUUCAUCGCCCUCGACCAACGCCCAAAGAAUGGAUACGGGAGGGAGAACAUUCAUCACUACCCCUUCCAUUUGAAUCUCGGGGGAGUAUCAAGGAUGUUGCACGGUGGCUUCUGGACUUGUCUUCGAAAUCCCGACCAGAGAGUGAAGAAGCCAUCAUUAUCCGUUGCAUGGUAUUCGAAGACCUCUGGUCCAAGGGCUUCUAUAUUACCUGUUCAGCCUCUAAAAUGGGCGGUGAUUUUCUCGUAUAUCAAGGUGACCCAUUAUUCUACCAUGCGAGCCAUAUUGUGAUUGCCAGUCCACCACAAGAUCCCAUCCACCUCAGUCGUUUGGCCGCUUCUCUUCGAAUAGCCAACAGUGUUCGGAAAGCCCUUGUUAUUGCCACCUCGAAAUCUAAUGAAAAAGGUCAAGAUGGUCCCACAACUGUUGCUUACACCUCCCUUUAUUGGAUGGGUUCUCCUAUUCCGCCCCAAAAAUGUACAGUAGCUUUCCAUGACUAUUUGCUCAAUAUUUAUUACCACACAUAUUUAACUAUUCGUUAUUCUAGCAUCUUGAUGAGUCUCGAUGAUUUGGAAGACUUCGAUUUCACCGAUUAUCGCCCCGAGGAUUUCGAUUCCCUUGAGAAAUUUGAUUACUAUUCAAAUGGAAAUGACGCUGAUCAUGUAGAUCCCUAUACCUUCUACGUGAUGCAACAGUCUGAUGAGAGCUUCUUGGCUUUCUUUUGGAGUAUUGUCACACAGGUUUGGCCAAACAUUUGGAUCACCAUUGUGAUUUGCUUAAUAUGGAGGACAUUCAAACUAAUCUUUCAACUUAUCUUGAAGCAUGUGUCCACCUCAUAUCGUCUUUCGGUUGUAUUCGAUGUCCUACUUAAUUGUGCUUCAGUAGCAUUUGGGACCCUUCUUCUUUGGCAUUUCUUUGGAGAUCUCUACCUACGAUUAUGUGCAUUCGUCUUCACAAUUGGUUUGAUAUUAUCAUCACUGAAUUUCUUUUCACCGAAUGACUCCACUUCGAAAGACGUUAACUCAGGGCCCUGGGGAUAUUCGAUGAUAUUGGUGACAGCCUAUUGCCUUCUCCUCCAAUUGUACUGCGAAUUCUUCAUGGAUCCUCGCGAUUGGCACAUGAUUAGAGGUACCGCGAUGAUUCUCGCAAUGAAAGCAGUUUCUGCAUCAACUCUACAAGUCCAUGGACGAGAUUCGAAAGGUCUGACUUUUAUCAGAAUGGGUUUCUUUCGUCACUACUUGUUCUGGUGCGGAUAUGCCCUCUCUCCGGGCAGUGUAAUUUUUGGACCAUGGUUAAGCUUCGAUCAAUACUUCCAAGCCAUCAAACUCACCGAGUCAACAUUCACAUCGCUGUUUAGGGAUCUCCUCCAGUCAGCGCUCUCUUGCUUUAUCGCCUGUCUCUGCAUUAUCUACUCAACAUAUCUCUCUUCCAUCAUCUACUCUUCUUAUUUCCUCACCUUCCGAUGGACAAACGCCUACGCACAAUCUCAGAGCUUUCGUUUCAGCCAUUACUUUGUCAGCUUCUUCAGUCAGGCUAUGCAUCAGGCUAUUGGAUUUGCGGCUGUUACGAAUCCUAGAUCUCAACACUUUGGUGUUACUGCUUUGGUGACAAAUCCAAUCCCAGUGGAGUUGCCUCGAUCUCUUGUGGAUGUUGUGGUUCAUUGGAACUUCCCAAUGCAUAUUUGGCUCAAACAAUAUAUAUACAAACCUACUAGGCGUUUCGGUCAGCUUCCCGCCCUACUCCUUACCUAUGCUUUCAGCUCUCUGUUACAUUUCGAAAAGAAUCGUGAUCCAAAUGGCACUUGA